CAGUAGCGAGUUGAUCUGGAGAUUUCGCAAUGGCAUCUGCGAAGCGCGCACGUGUGGAAGCUGCGCAGGCGACAGAAUUGAAUCUGGCAAGGCUGCGGGACAGCUUGGCAACAGGCCGCUUCGUUCAUCCGACUGAGGAUGGCAUUUUGAACUUUGCGGAUCUUGCCCAAGCUCUGGCAAAAUGCUGCGGUUUGGCACCCGCAAGACCUGUGAGGACUGAGCUGGCAGACAAAUUGGCAGAGGACAUUGGGGGCAGCUCGCGCCAGCACGUGGUCGUGGUCUUGUGCGACGGCAUGGGCGUGGACCUGCUGGCGCGCCACGGCUGCGGUUUCCUGGGCGCGGCGCCCCGGCGGCCCUUGCGCGCGGUGUUCCCGGCCACGACCCCGGCGGCGCUGACGACGCUUGCGACGGCCACCUGGCCGGGCCAGCAUGGGAUGCCCGGCUGGGAGCUUCGGGACCUGAAGGCAUGCGAGUUUCCGAAGGAGGGCAUGGACCCCGUCCAGCUGACAGUUCUGGAUUCUGUUGUGAGAGACAUGCGAACAAAGAAGCCUGCCGCAGAGCUUGGUUUUUCUAAGAAGGAUAUUUAUAUUGAUGAGCCCUGGAUUGCACGUGGGGCUUCUUCGAGGCGGAUGAAGUUCAUCAAUGCCUACACGGGGACAGAAUUUACGGAUUGGUUCGAAGGGGAGCAUGCUAAGAACGCUAUGACCAUUGAAGAAACUGCACAAGAAACACUUGGCACCCCGGAGGGUUCCGGUCAAGCAGUGAAGUUCUUCAAUGAGGGCGUUGACUGCAUCUUGGAGAGCGUGAAGGAGGCGGAUGAGAAGCGAUGGAAGUCGUAUGUGUAUAUGUACACGGCGCACCCAGACAAGCAUAUGCAUGAUCUCGGAACUGACCAUCCUGAGGUGGUGAAGGUGUGCCGUGGUAUAAACGAUGCUCUUGAACGUUUGUGGGUCAAGCUGAAGAGGUUCGACGUCACAAUGAUUGUCACUGCAGAUCAUGGGCAUGUCACGGUAAAUCCGGAAGAGAUGGUGACAUUGCCCGAUCCUCUUUUGGAUUGCCUCGAAUAUGCCAACGUCGGUGUGCACGGAAAGGGACGCCAUGGGUACUUUCACUGCCGGAGCGGUCGCCACGAAGAGUUCCAAGCGGCUUGGGAAGCUGAGCCCAUGCUACGGGAGCAUUUCAUCCUCCUCCCCGUGGACGUCGCUGUGCAGGAGGGGCUGUUCGGUCCUGACGCGCCCGUCCCGGCGGCCAGACCAAGGUUGGGGGACUUCCUGUCCAUUUCCCUUGGGGCGCACACGCUGGUGAGUCCAAAUGAGCUGACGUAUAAGACUGAGUGUAAGUGUCAGGGUGCUCACGGUUCUUUGACACCCACUGAGAUGAACAUUCCUUUGCUUAUAUUUAAAGGAGAGUCAGCCCAAGCUGUUUGAGUCUGGAG